AUGUCCGGGAUCAAUAAGGAAACCGUGUCUCAUUUCGAGAUGUCUAAAGACACAACCCUGCAGGCUGAAAUGAGGGCUGAAGUGCUCCUUUCACCGCCAAAGAAAUUCUCUAAGGCAGCGAUACAGCUAUAUUUUUUUAUGCUCUUGGCCUACUGCAACUCAUGGGGCACCGGGUUUGACUCCUCACUCAUGUCGGCCAUGAACAGCAGUGACCGCUGGCACAGCGACCUGGGCGUGCCCAAGACCGGCAGCCUCCUUGGCAUUGUAACCGCUAUCUAUACCAUUGGUAACAUGGUAGGAUCAUUCGUCGCUGGACCAGCUGGUGAUCGCUGGGGACGGAAGGUCGGCAUGGUGAUUGGCAACACAAUCACGUUGGUCGGCGCCAUAGUACUAUUUUCAGCUGGAAAUUACCAUGCUUUCCUUGCCGGCCGCUUCCUGACCGGCUUUGGUCUCGCUAUCAGCCGGUCCUCAGCACCAUCGUGGGUGGCCGAAAUGAGUCCCCCGCAAUGGCGCGGUCCGGCCGUCAUGUUGUACAACUCGCUCUGGCUGAUCGGUGCCAUUAUUGCCAGUGCAAUUGCGUUUGCAUCGGGUCCAAUUCAGUCGUCGCUCUCUUGGAGAUUACCAUUAAUCUUGCAGGUAGUGCCUACAUCGAUUGUUUUACUUGGGGUUUGGUUCUUGCCAGAGUCACCCCGAUGGUUGAUUGCCAAUGAUCGCUUAGAUGAUGCUCGUCGUAUCUUAACCAAAUAUCAUGCAGACGGUGAUGAGAAUUCUGGUCUUGUUUCGCUUGAGAUUAUUGAAAUGCAAGACAGUAUCAAACUGGAGGCGUCUGAUAAACGCUGGUACGACUACUCGGAGUUUGUCACCACGCGGGGAAAUCGGUAUCGCCUGUUUAUGGUUAUUUCAAUCGGAGUGAUUGGUCAAUGGGGUGGCAGCAACCUCACUGGGUAUUACCUAGCCAACAACCUUCGCAAUAUUGGCAUUACAGCCCAAAACCGUCUAUUGGUGUACAACAUGGCAUACUACAUUUCGGCAUUAGGUGGGGCGAGCAUUGGCUCGUUACUUUCGAAUAAGGUCGGUCGUCGGCCGCAACUCCUCUUCGGGUGUUUGUCGAUGAGUGCAUGUUUAGUUGCUCUAAUUGGCGUGACAUCACAAUACCACAAGGGACAAUCAUCAUCCCUCUCCAAUUUGACUAUUGCCUUUAUCUUCUUCGUCGGCAUUUUCCACUCCGGGGGCGUGAAUCCUCUGGUAGUUGCGUAUCCCGUGGAAUGUCUGCACACGAAUACACGUUCGAAGGGCAUGGGGAUUAAUAAUCUAGUUCUCAAUGCGGCAGAAUUUGUGAAUACGUAUGCGGCGCCCAUUGCACUGGCGAAUAUUGCCUGGAAGAUUUAUAUUGUGUAUGCGGUCUGGAAUAUUGUACAAGCUGUUUGGGUGUAUUUGUUUUUUGUUGAGACUAAGGAUAGGACUUUGGAGGAGAUGGAUGAGAUUUUCACGGCGAAGAACCCUGUUAAGGCAUCUUUGAGGGAUGUAUCUAAUUUUGAUGGAGGGAUAUAG